AUGCAUAAUGGGAUUUUCCCCAUUGUUUAUCACCUGCGAACGCAGUCCUCUGGCCAGGGAGCCCGGGCACUUGCCCGGGGUGGCCGGGCGCUAGCUCCGCCACUGCCCGACACCGAUUCCCUCUUCGUCAACGUCGGGGACUCCCUCCAGGUGCUGACGAACGGGCGGUUCCGGAGCGUGAAGCACCGGGUGGUGGCGCCGGCGGAGGGGCAGCAGUCGCGGCUGUCGGUGAUCUACUUCGGCGGACCGGCGCCGACACAGCGGAUCGCGCCGCUGCCGGAGCUGAUGCGGGAAGGGGAGCAGAGCCUGUACAGGGAGUUCACCUGGGCCGAGUACAAGAAGGCCGCCUACAAGUCCCGCCUUGGUGACCACCGCCUCGGCCCCUUCGAGCUACCUGCCGCAGCCGCCUCGGAAGAAUCCACUACCAAGGCCAACCACCGCUGCAGCAGCAACGCCGCCGUCCAGGCGCCGGCGCCGGCGCCUCACGUGGCACGAGUGCACUAGCUAGUUUAAUUAAUCUAUCGAUCCAGACUUUAGUACUGUAGGUGUCGCUUGGUUGGCAACUGCCUGUCCAAUCUUCCACUGCUAGCAGCAGCAGCAGUAGUAUCACCACUUCCACGUAGAUAUGCAGACACCCCAUUUUUGUUUGUUGCUCGGUUUUGGCCGGCAGGCAACGGCUCACCGCACGCCACUGCCCGGUGUACCGUGAAUAGCUUGGCACCUCAAUUAGUUGGGCAAAAAUG